AGUGCAUUAUAGAAAUCUUCAUUCAAUCAUUCAUUCCAAAAAAUAAAAUGGAGUCUCAAGCACCUCAACUUCACUUUGUGUUAUUUCCACUUAUGUCCCCAGGACACAUGCUUCCCAUGAUAGAUCUUGCAACAACAUUAGCACAUCAAAAACAAAACAUCAUCGUUACCAUUGUCACAACUCCACACAACGCUUCUCGUUUUUCACAAACUUUUUCUCAAAAUUCACAAAUCCAAUUACUUCAACUUCAAUUCCCUUCUAAAGAUGCUGGAUUUCCAGAAGGAUGUGAGAAUUUUGACAUGCUUCCAUCAAUGUCUAUGGCUCAUACUUUCUUCAAAGUAGCAAAUACCCUUCUACAAGAUCAAGCAGAAGAAGCUUUUGAAAAGUUAACACCAAAACCAAGUUGCAUAAUCUCUGAUGUUGGUUUUCCUUACACUUCUAAAAUUGCAACAAAAUUCAAUAUUCCAAGAAUUUCUUUUUAUGGUGUUAGUUGCUUUUGUCUUGUUUGGCAGCAAAAGUUGAUAGUCUCUAAUGUUAUGGAGAAAAUAGCAACAGAUUCUGAGUAUUUUCUUAUACCUGAAAUUCCUCACAAAAUUAUGAUCACAAAAGCACAAACCCCAUCAUCAAAUGAUGAAGAUUGGAAGGAUUUUGUUGAUCAAAUGGCUGCAGCUGAAAUGGUUUCUUAUGGUGUUGUUGUAAAUUCUUUUGAGGAAUUGGAACCUGAAUAUGCAAGUGAUUUGAAGAACACUAGGAAUGGUAAAGUUUGGUGUGUUGGUCCUGUUUCACUAAGGAACAAGAAUAACUUAGAUAUGGCUCAAAGAGGGAACAACAAGGUGGCUUCUUCAACUGAUGUAGAAAAUUGCUUAAAGUGGCUUGAUUUGCAAAAGCAAAAUUCUGUUAUAUAUGUAUGCUUAGGAAGUAUAUGUAAUUUAACUUCUUUGCAGUUUAUAGAACUUGGUAUGGCAUUAGAAGAAUGUGAAAGACCAUUCAUUUGGGUAAUUAGGGAAAGAAAUCAAACAGAAGAGUUGAAUAAAUGGAUCAAGGAAUCAAGUUUUGAGGAAAGGACUAAAGGGAAAGGAUUUUUGAUAAAGGGUUGGGCUCCUCAAGUUUUGAUACUAUCACACUUUUCAGUUGGAGGAUUCUUAACACACUGUGGCUGGAAUUCGACGUUAGAAGCAAUAUGUGCUGGUGUGCCAAUGAUUACAUGGCCGUUAUUCGGAGAUCAGUUUUUUAAUGAGAGGUUUGUUGUGGAAAUAUUAAGGGUUGGCGUGAUGGUUGGAGUGGAGAGUCCUGUAAAUUGGGGAGACGAAGAGAAUGUUGGCGUGUUGGUGAAGAAAGAAGAUGUCGAGAGGGCUAUAGAGAAGUUGAUGAAUGACACGAAUUAUGAAAGUGAAGAGAGAAGAAAAAGAGCUAAGGAGCUUGCAGAUAUGGCUAAGAAAGGUGUAGAAGAAGGAGGAUCUUCUCACUUCAAUGUCACACUAUUGAUUCAAGAUAUCCUUCAACACUCAACAGAGUAGAUUGAUGUUGUUUGCAACAUUAAUUUUUCUUGUUGAUGUGGAAAAUUGCUUAAAGUGACUUAAUUUGCAAAAUCCAAAUGCUGUUAUCAUUGUAUGUUCAGGAAGUAUAUGUAGUUUAACCUGUUCUGAGGAAAUGGUUUUCUUUAAAAAGAAAACUUUAUUAAUUAAUAUUAAACCAAGAACAUAGUGUACCAUGAUUAGAGUUUGGAUUAGAAAAUUACUAGCAAACUUCAAAUGCA